AUGGAGAAUGACAUGGAAGAGUUGCUGCAGCAGGGCUGUGGCAGCAGCCCCCGCGCCAGGGAGAGGUUAAUUCAGCUGGAGACCCGCCAAAAGAAGUAUAACUUCACAGGCAGCAGGUUCCAGACCUACGUGUUCAAGCUCAGACCCAAGCACUUCAGAGGGUUAAACUUCAGCAGCAGGAUGAAUGUGAAGCAUGCCAGUGGCAGGAGGUUCAGACAUGCCAUUAGCUUCCCGGCAGAGCUCAUGGAGGGCACCCAGGCACGGGGAGUAGAGCAGGAGCUUGUCUGCAUCUACAUCCACAGCCCCUGCAUCUUCCAGGAUGCCCACAAUAGCUCCGUGCUGAACAACGACGUGGUGGGAGCCUUCCUGCAGAGCGGGCAUGUGGCCGGGCUCAGCCGCCCCGUGAAGAUCCAGUUCUGGCACGACAUGGUGCUGGAUGCCUCCAACGCCACCUGCGUCUUCUGGCAGCCUGGAGCCGGCGCAGGCAGCACAGGCAGCUGGAGCGAGAAGGGCUGCAAGACCUUGCACAAGAAUGGCACUGUUAUCUGCCACUGUGACCACCUCACCUACUUCGCCGUCUUGCUGGUUCCGGUGGGCACCCUAAGCCCAGCCCAGCUGGCAUCGCUCACCCACAUCACCACCGUUGGCUGCUCCCUCUCGGCUGCUGCCACCCUCUGCACCCUCCUACUGAGGUGCUUCUCCAGGCAGCGGCUGAGGGACAACACAACCAGGAUCCACAUGCACCUCCUGACUGCACUGCUCCUGCUCAACUGCAGCUUCCUGCUGAGCGCACCGAUGGCCACCAGCACCGUGGGGCUCUGCCAGGUCACUGCUGCCCUGCUGCAUGCCAGCCUUCUCUGGGCCCUGGCGUGGAUGGCUGCUGAGGCCUUCCACCUUCUCCUCCUCCUCGUCAAGGUCUACAACAUCUACAUCCAGCACUACCUCCUCAAGCUCUGCGUCUUCACUUGGGGUCUGCCCAUGCUGGCUGUGGUGGCUGUUUUUGUUUUCAAGAGAGAUACGUACGGGUACCACACCAUCAGCACCUCUGAAGGCUACAGGAACGCAACUAUGUGCUGGCUCACCAGCCCACCGGCCCAUUACGCCACUGUCUGCUAUGCUGGCCUCAUCCUGCUCUUCAACAUGCUGGUGCUGGGGAGGGUGGGGAUGAUACUGCGGAGGAUCCGCCAGCAGAAUGGGCAGGCGAGGAAGGACUGGGCGACAGUGCUGGGGCUAACCUGCCUGCUGGGCACCACCUGGGGCCUGGGCUUCUUCAGCUUCGGCGUCUUCCUCAUCCCCCAGCUCUACCUCUUCACCAUCCUCAACUCNNCCACAGGUUUCUUUGUCUGCAUCUGGUACAUCACUGUGCACUGCCGGAGCAAGGUGGGCUCCAUCAGCAACACCUCCAGACAACGUGCCCCAACACCAGAGUGAGGGGCUGCGAGGGGACCUCAGGAGCUGGUCCCUAAGGAUGCGGCAUGGUGGCAUCCCCCAGGCUGGACAGUGGGCACCAUGGAUG